AUGCUCACCCACCCGGCCGGGGAGGCGGCGACGCGCGCGAGAGAGGGCACGCGCGGCGCGGCGUGGGUGGUGCGAGGAACGGGCGGUGGGCAGACCACCCUGAGGCUCCACCCGCACACGCCGCCCCCUCCCUCGUCCCUGCGCAGGCACUUCACCUCCUUUGACCUGCCCCCCUCCCUGCGAGAAGAGCUGCUCACGCUUGCCCCGCCGGGCACCCGCCCCUUCUCGCCCGCCGAGCUCCGCGCCUACCUCAAGCGCAAGCUGACCGACCCGAAAAAGCGCGAGAAGCGGCUCGCACACCGGGCGUGGGCAGGCAUGCACAGCGCCGCCUUCUGCCUGGAGCUGCUCGACUUUUGCAUCGGCGACCUUCAAGGCGGCGGCGCAAAGGGCGGCUUCGCCAACCUCGUCGGGCUCCUGCUCCUACCCCUGGCGUCGGGCGGGCUCGCAUACGUCGGGCAGGCGAGCCGGGGCGGCGAGCCCCACGUGGUCGCCACCGUGCAGCAGCAGACCCUGCUCCCCCACCUGAGGAGCCGCUUCGUCAGCCCGGAGUGCACGGCGCACGAGACGCUCGGCGCCUACUUCUUGCACAAUGACGAGUUUCUGCGCGCCGCGCGCCUGCAGAGCGUCACCCUCUCCUUCUUUGCACAGCAGCUGCAGCCACUCCAGAUGCAGCCGUCCGCCACCUAUCUGCACACCGUGUGGCAGACCAUGGGCCGCAGUGCCGGCGGCGCGAUCAAGCCGACUCCGGAGGUCGUCGAGCUCUUCGGCAGCAAGACGUUGCUGCCCCUCCGCUCCGGGCAGGUUGUCGCGGUCGGAGAGCUGUCGAGCACGCUCGCGCUGCCGGCGCCGCUGCUGCAGCUCGAGCUGGACGGGGCGGCGAGUCACUGGGCACCGCAGGCAUCGCAGGCGGCGGAUGCGGAGCCCGCUGCGGCGCGCCCAAGGGUCGACGAGCUGAUGUCGACGCUGGCGGUGCCGGUCGUCGACACGGCCUUCGUGUGCGUCGACGAGGCGCCGCUCAAGGACCAGACCGCCGCGGCGGAGGCGCUCGCGGGCUACAUCGCUGCUGACGCCACGGAGCCGCACCAGCUCGCGCCGGCGCUGGUCGACAAGCUCGGCGCGCGCGACGCUGCCCACGGAGCGCUGGAGUGGUCGCAGCUCUCUCGCGACGGGUCUCGGGCGCUCUUGGGGCUCUUUGCCGAGCACCACGUCCGCGAGGAAGCCGUCGCCAUGGCUCAGGACUGGCCGCCCGCCGACCCGGACGCGUCGACCGAGGAGGCGAGGGAGGCGGCCAACGGCUCGCCGCGCCUUGUCUCUGCGGGGAGGGCGGCGGCGCUGAAGCGGAUGCCCCUCUACGAGUCGGUGCAAGGGAGCCUCGUGCCGCUCGAGCCGCGGCGGUACCUGCUCCCUCAGCGGCACCCCUUCUUCACGCCGCGCACCGAUGAGUUCCUCACGCCGACGGCGCCGGCGCCGGUCCUGUCGCUGCUGCGAGCGCUCGGCGUCGAGAGCCUCGAGGACGCCGACGUGUUCGAGAAGUUUCUUCUCCCGGCGUUUGGAGAGGCGUCGCUCGAGCGGCAGGAGGCGAUGCGAAGGCACCUGCUCGCCAACUGGCAGAGGCUGCGGCAGCACGACGGCGUGCGCGCCGCCCUCUCCCGCACGCGGUUUGUGCCGACAGCCUUCGGGCUCCUCGCCCCCUCCGAGCUCCUCGACCCACGCAACAACCUUCUCAGCUACAUCUUCGGCGGCGAGGACCGGUUCCCCGCGCAGCAGUGCUCGACGGAGGAGUGGCUGGCCAUGCUCGGCGCCCUCGGGAUGAAGACGCAGGUGGACCGAGACGCGUUCCUGCAGUGCGCGAGGAAGGUGGAGGCGCUCGGUGCAUCGACGAGCGACCGCCCUCCGCCCGACGUCCUGUCUCGCGCGGGCCUCCUCGCCACGCACUUGGUGGACAACCUGACGACGCUCGCGGGCGCUCCUGCCGACGCCGCCCCAGUCUCGUCCGAGGAGCUCGUGGACGACGACGCAGCAGCCUCCCCGGCCGAAGCGGCGGCGGAAGCCGACGGGUUGAGCGCCCCCGACUUCUGCACGGCGCUGCGCGGCAUCCGUUUCGUGCCGUCCCACGCGCCUGUCGCCAGCCUCGCGCCGCACGAGGGUCCGCCCACUCUCGCGUCCCUCGAGGAGUGUGCGCUCCACACGGACCGGCACCUCGUCUGGACGGUCUCUCCGCUCCUCAAGGAGGAGUGGGCGCCGCCGCGCAGCCUGUGGGCCCGGCUGGGGCUCGUCCACCCGCCGCCGUGCGACCGUGUCGUCUCGCACGCGCACAACCUCUCCCAGUUCACAGCCGACGCGUGGCCGUGGGAGGGGCAGCCACCGGAGGAGGUGUUCGGCGCACUCUGGCUCUACAUCAGCCAAAACCCGUCCCUCAUCGGGCCGGAGGCUCGGAAGCGCCUAUGCGAGCUGCCGACGGUGCUGUGCGGCGCGGCGCUCGUCAAGCCGUCACGGAUCUUCCGCUCGUGCUUCCCGUUCUGCCAGCCGCUGAUGCAGCCGCUCUCCGCGGUGAGCCUCUCGCCGCCGCCCACGCCCGAGGUGCUGCUCGGCAUGGGCAUGGGCGAGGAGCCGCAGCUGCACGACUUUGUAGCGCUGCUGCGCGAGGUGCUGCGAGAGUACGCGUGCGCGACCGAGUGCCGCGGCUUCCGCCCGCGCGCAGACAUGGCGGUGCCGACGGUCGAGGGUGGAGUCGCCCCGCUCUCCUCGUCGGUGAUCAACGACGCGCCCGACUUGCUGCGGCGCGUGCGGCCCGGCUCACUGCAGGCCGCCAGCCCGGCUCUGUCUCUGGAGGUGCGUGCCGCCCUCAAGGUGCGCCGGCUGAGCGAGGCGGUCCGCGAGGAGUUGAGCCGCGAGGAGAGCGACCUCGAGCCGGUCGAGCUCGCCCGCGCCGAGGAGCUGGGCCUCCGCAUCCGCGGCGCGGGCUUCGCACGCGCCGCUGCCGCCCUGCUCGCCAGCGAGGCGGCCAGGCGGGACCCCGCUCUGCAGGCUGCGCCGCAGCGGCUGCGGCCGGAGGCCAUCGUCGAGGCGCUGGCACCGUACCGCGUGGUGAUCGUGCCGCGCAUCCAGACGCGGCUGCGCGCCGUCCCCUCCGACGAGGCGGUUGGCGUGGCGGGAGAGGGGCCCUCCUCGGCGUGGUUCAUCCUGCCGGCCAGCACGAUCUUCCUCGAGGCGAGGCCCCGCUGCGGCACGAGCCACGAGGAGCUGCUCUCGCUCGCCGUCCUCGCGCUGCUGCAGACGGAGCCGCCCGCCACGCUCGCGCCGCUCCUCUCCUGCGCAGCCUCGGACCUCGACGACGCCCUCAGCCUGCUGAGAUACGCCCCCCCCGCCCGCUUCGAGGCGGCGGCCAGCCAGUGCACGCCCGGGACGCCCGUGAGCGCCGCAGACGAGCCGCUCCUUCAGCUCAAGCCGCUGCGGCCCCUGUUCACGGCGGAGGUUGUGGCGGUGGACGCGCCCGCGCCCGGCUCGGGCCGCGUCUACGCGCUCGUCGAUGGCGUCGGCGAGAGAGGGGACGCGCGGGCGGCGGUGAACCUGCGCGUCGGCGGCGGCCAGACGCGCGCCGUCCUCCCGCUCUCCGUCUUUUCGUUCCGCUCGCUGCGGCUGCCUCUCGGCGACGCCGCGAACGUGCCGCUCGGUCUCGAGCGCAAGGAGAUGCUGGCGCGCAACCUGCAGCUGCAGGAGGAGCUCAAGAUGUCGCGCCGCGAGCUGCAGGGCGCCCUCCGCGAGGCCAAGGCGGCGAGCGACGAGCUCGGUGAGCUCAAGGAGAGCAACACCUGCCAGAUCUGCCUCUCGCGGCGCGUGGACGCGCUGCUCGUCGGCUGCGGCCACCUGCUUUGCCGCCAGUGCGUGGCAACAAUUACCGCUUCUGGCAACAACCGCUGCCCCUUCUGCCGGAGGGACUACGAGCAGGUUGCGUUGUUCUACGCCGCUUCUCCGGAUGGGUCGGGCAUGUAG